GCCAAAAGCCUUAUCUUAUAAACCCCACAAUGCAAUGCACUCUUCCUAAAGCUCUCGUGCACUGUAUUCUUCUUUCUUUUCUAUCAAUCCCUUUCAAAAUCUUUCGCUUUAUUUUUUCUUUCUUCUUUUCAUCAUCUCACAAGUCUGCUUUCUCUGUUCAUGGGUGUGAUUCUCUUACAGCCAGUUGUGUAGUAAUCGUAGCUAUCAGGGGAACCAAAAACGUUGUCCUCCAUGGAGGAAAGCGAGUUUUCCUUGGAAUUGAAGUUCAUGAACUUCAUAUGUGUGAAACACUUUCUCUCUCCCCCUGGGAUUUCUUCACAUCCUCUGUUUUCAUUUACUGUUACCUUAUGCACACUCAUUCUCCUUUAUCUUCCUCACCUUUUCUGGAAACUCGUUCUCUCUCCCGUUCUGAUUCUCACUGGAAUUCUCCUUCUAACCAUACUUCGAUUUGGAGCAAAUCAGAGAUCCCAAAACGAACAACCAGGAAUACCCGGCACGCCAGAACCGAGUUUGAAUCAUGAAAACAGAGCAGUUGCAGAGGAGAAAGAGGAGGAGGAGAAUCUUGGCAUUGAACCAGAGGAAUCGGAUUCCCUCGAGAAAGUUCGGCAAUGGAUAUCGACACAUUCCAAAACAGAAUUCAAAUCCCAGAAGUGUCUCAGCUCCGAGUGUUUCGUGGAAUCAUGGGAUGUGAAAGCGCCGUUGGAAGUCAUAUACGAGGAACACGAAGAGGAGGAAGCAGAGACGGAUCCGAAUGAGAAAGAAGACACCGGAAAAUACGCUGAUUACCCCAAGUACCCCUCGUUAUCACGGUAUUACCCAGAGUCCGAUUCAGAAUCGGAGUCGGAUAGCUCGUCGGACCGUGGUUUUCCGGCGAUAGGGCAGUGGGAGUCGCCGGAGAACACUUGCUUCCAUGCUCCAGUGGGACGAAGAAGACAGAGAAGGAUUGAUUGA